UCUGUGAGAUAUAUACACCUCAGGAGACUCCUAGGACAAGGUCUAGGAACGUGCUCCCUUGAAGAACUCCAACAGAUAGAAGAACAGUUAGAGAGGAGCGUAAGCAGCAUUAGAGCUAGAAAGGCUCAGGUUUUCAAGGAACAAAUUGAGCAACUAAAGGAAAAGGAAAAAGUCCUAGCAGCUGAAAAUGCAAGGCUAUGUGAGAAGUGUGGUAUUCAACCACAGCAAGGAUCAAAUGAGCAGAGAGAAAUUUUACCUUAUGAAGAAAGUAGUCCAAGUUCUGAUGUGGAAACUGAGUUGUUCAUUGGACCACCAGAAGGGAGAACAAAGCGCUCUCGCUUACAGAAUUGAUGGUCUUACUCUUAAAUGUAAGCCACAUCUUUGCAAAUAUAAUACAUUAUUAGUAAGUCUAUUUCCAAUAAUCUGUACUAGAUUGUGGUACAACUAAAAUGUUGCACUGCCUCAGGCAAUUGUACUGCUGACUGCCUUGAUAUAUUGUUUGCUGAUAGAAUCAACUGCAUUAAACACCAAACUCAUGGCAUCUGGGUGCCUUAUGGUCCUCUCUGAAACACCAGCAACUAAGGCCUUUGUAUUCCUCCCAACCUUCGUGUUGGUAAUAAGCAUUUUGAGUGGCAUAUUGGACUUGAUGAGUGUGAACAUAGUUUAGUUAGCACAAAAUCCCUCAAGUUUGCAGCCAUGC